UUAGUAGUUAAUCAAACGAUUAGUUUAAUUUUACCAUUCGUCUGAAACUGAUCUCUUGAGUUAUUUUGAUUUAUCUCUCAUUUUGUGUUGUGUUAAUCAUAUUAAUCCAAUAGUUUUACUUUUCCUUUUUAUUAAUUUUGAAAAUGUCACUUGAAUCUAAUUCUGAUCAUUCAUUAAUUGAUUUCCAUAGUAUAGUAGAUUAUGAUUUUCCAAGUAAUUCUAAACCGAUCACUUCAUCUACUAAAAGUCUAACUUGUGAUAUUAUUUAUGACAAAAUUAGCAAUAAUGUUAAUUUGAAUACUAUUGACCAACUUCAUAACGUCAAUAAGAUUAACAUUGACUCGUUGAUUAAUCAUCGUCGGGCCUCCGAGAAACCUGGCUACUAUUGUGGCCUUUGUAAAAAGAAUGGAGAAUCGGCUGAAUUUUAUCGAUCUCAUUGUCUCCGUGACUCUCAUGGCAAUUUAACUUGUCCCGUUUUGUUUAAUCACGUCUGUGAAGUUUGUGGUGCCACUGGACCGUUUUCUCAUACCCGCAGCUAUUGCCCAAUGGUCCGAAGAUUAUUAGAAGAGCGACCCAAAGAUCCCGCAGUGGCCUCUUUCUGUAUCAACUAUAGCCUUUCCCGAUCGCGAAAUGAGGACAGAGUCUCCAGGAGAAGUGGGGAUAAGUUCAGGCGCCAACCAGUUCCCAGGAAACCAUCCAAAAGCCUCUAUUGAUUCAUUUCUGAAUUUCGAUCUUCAUUACUUUUCCUUUUUUUAUUCUCUUCUCAGUGCUUUUCCCUCUUCUUUUCAUGGUGAUGCUGAGUUUUCAUCAUCAUCGUCUUUUGACUUAUAUAAAUUUAAGUAUAUUGUCCCACCUUUAGUAUUCAUUUAGAAUAAAAUGAUUCUGUCUA